GCUGGAGCGAGGGGGAGAGGAGGAGGAGGAGGGAGGAGGUGGUGGCAGUCUCAUUUUUAUUCUCUGUCUGCCGAACCGUGAGCGGGCACGGUAGCCGUCCAAGGGGGGAGCCAGGUCCGUGCACACGCCCGCGCGCCCCCCGGUGCCGCCAGGGAGCCGUGAAGCUGGACGUAAAGAUGAAUGUUGGUGUGUAGUACUCACUAACCGUGUGUGUGUUUAUACUGUGCUUACCGAGCGCUCCAUUUCCCAGUCCAUAGAGGUUUAUAUUGUGCAUACCUACCUACCUCUCCAUUUCCCAGUCUAUAGAGGUUUAUAUUGUGCAUACCUACCUACCUCUCCAUUUCCCAGUCCAUAGAGAUUUAUAUUGUGCAUACCUACCUACCUCUCCAUUUCCCACUCCAUAGAGGUUUAUAUUGUGCAUACCUACCUACCUCUCCAUUUCCCAGUCUAUAGAGGUUUAUAUUGUGCAUACCUACCUCCUCUGGUACUCCAUAGAGGUUUAUAUUGUGCAUAGCUAUCUCCCUUGGCACUCCACAGAGGUUUAUAUUGUGCAUACCUACCUCCUCUGGUACUCCAUAGAGGUUUAUAUUGUGCAUAGCUAUCUCCCCUGGCACUCUACAGAGGUUUAUAUUGUGUAUAGCUAUCUCCCCUGGCAGUCCAUAAAGCAACCAGAGGGGAGACAGCUAUAGCUAGUUAAUUAGAGUAUUCCAUUAAUAUCUGAAGCCAGACCCAUUGUGUAUGGGGAGCUGGAGCUCUGGCUAUGUGCUGUGCAUGUUAAUGAGGAGCUCUGGGUGUCACCAGACAGGCAGGCAGGGAGCCUUUGUCAUUUACUGUCAUACUGUGAACCUGCAAGUGACAGUGCAGUAAGUAGCUAGUUACCUUUUAAUCACAAUACGUCUGCCGUUUACUUAUUUGGUAUUAAAUUCAUAUGUAAUCUAAAUGAUUUUAUCUCUUUUCUUCCAAUUGUAUACAUAGGUUUAUUUAUUUAUAUUUAGACGUUCCAUAGGGUAAUGCCUAAAUUCUCAUAUGUAUAAUUAAGCAUGUUUCUGAUUUGGAUGAGAGAAUGCAUCACCUUUGAAUUUGGUUUUAUUUGUUGAAUUUUUAUAUCUUUUUGUUUUUGGUGGGUUCUUCUCCCCCUGGCCCUCCCCAACCCCCCCCCUCCUUUUUUAAUUUUUUUUAUUAGAAAUUGUCUUAUGCAAAGGGAUCUUAUUAUUGGUUAAGAGCAAAUAAGUCACUGGGGAAAUGUAUUGUCUAUCGUAUUAAUAGAUCAACUUAUAGGAAUACUGAUGUUUUGUGUGAGAAUUUAAAUACUCUCAUCAAUUGGCACAAAGCCCAAUGUUCUGUUUUUUUUUAGUGACUUAAAGAAACUGAGAUGCUUUUUUCCCCUUCGUUCAGCACCAAAAAUAAAUGGUUGAUUUUUACACGUUUAUUCCAUUUGUUGUGUUUUACAUUAUUUUGGAAAUAAAUAUGACAUUCUAAAUAGCCAUCAAUAUUUCUUUAAUGUUUCAUACCUAAUUUUGCCAUCCUUGCUCAGGAGGGAGUUGAAAAUUUGUGCUGAUUUGUACAUCAUUACUGCUCAUCAUUAAAUAACACUGGCUACACCCUAUCAGCAAUUUGUUGCGAAUUGCAAAUAUCUAAUGUCAGCUGAGUGAAAUAGUUGAUUGAAAAAAUAAAUAUUUGUGUUCAUGUCAUAUGCUCAUCACUAAAUUUUUCAUUCUUUUUUUACUAAAGUAUUUCACUCUUUAACAAUGUUUACUGGUGUGAAAAUAUAUAUAUAUAUAUAUAUAUAUGUAUAUAUAUAUAUAUAUAUAUGUAUGUAUGUAUGUAUAUAUAUAUAUAUAUAUAUAUAUAUAUAUAUAUAUAUAUAUAGAGAGAGAGAGAUAUAUCUCAAUUGCAUUUGUGCAAUGUUGAUAAUUAUUUACUACAGGUUGUUUAAUUGUACAAUCAAAAAAUAGUUAAUUAUCAAUAAAAAUUCAGGACAAUCUUCCAAAGGUAAUAUUUAAUAACACGUUUGUACCAUAAAAUUCAUAAAAGCCGGUUGGCCUUUCUUGUCUGCCAAUUUCCGAUCUACCCGUGCAAGAUUUAUUCUUUAUACUUGCCCUGCAGAGUUGUCUUUUCCAGUUGUUGAGCUGUCAAUGUAUUCAUUUCUUCCACCUCUGCUGGAAUAUUAUGCAAUGUACCUACAACUUAUUUCUGUAAAAAAUAAAUUGUUACCUGGUUAUGCACAUACAUAUACCACCUUCUGUGUUUUUUUUUUUUUGUUUUGUUUUUUAUGAUCUGUUGAUUGUUUUUUAAUUAUAAUUCUUACCAUUUUUACAUGUUUUUGUACAGGAAACCGUGCAACUGGAACAAUGGUUGAUGCGGUGCAUUAUAUCCACUUGCAGAACUUCAGCAAAUCUCUGCUUGAGACCCUUAAUGCACAACGCUUGGGUGGUCAUUUCUGUGAUGUCACUGUGCACAUCCAUGAUGCAACUUUGCGGGCUCAUCGAUGUGUUUUGGCUGCAGGCAGUCCUUUCUUUCAUGACAAACUGCUCCUGGGCUACUCAGAGAUUGAAGUUCCACCAGUGGUACCCACCCAAGUUGUACAACAAUUAGUGGAGUUUAUGUACAGUGGGUCUCUGGUCGUUGCACAAUCUGAGGCUUUACAGAUUUUGACAGCAGCCAGUAUACUGCAGAUCAAGACAGUCAUUGAUGAGUGCACCCAAAUCAUUUCCCAGAGCAGGUCCAAACAAGGCCCUAUUGCUAGUGCCAUGUCCUCCUGUGGCUCACAAGGUAGAUCAUCCAUUAACAAACUCCAAGAACAAUCUACAAAGAAUACAGACUGCCAGGCAACAAUAGGACUCCGCGACUCUGGUGGUAUCACAUCAGGCCUGAGAAAUGAAAUGGCGAUCAUCUCUCAAAUGGGGAAUGUCAGUGAAACGCCCAAAUUAAUGUGUGCUUCAGAAAUUAGAUACAAAUUAAGAGACAUGCUGUCUUCGCAACAGAGGCAGCUACCUGAAGUGCGGGAGAUCACGGUCCCAGAUGUUGAGACUGUAUCAGAAGGUGAAAACUUACCAACAGCAUACUUGACUCAAACAGAGGCACCACAAAGCUGUCACAGCCGAAAACAACGUCAGCCAGUACGCCUCCAGGUCUCUGAUUCUGUGCCUGUGAUAAUCAAAGAUGAGGAGGACGAUGAAGAAGAAGAAGAUUGCAGUGGAAGAGAAGCAGGAGAAGAGGAAGAAAAAAGUAUGGCUUUCAAUGAAUGCAGUGGUGGAUUUCCCAGCUGCAGUGAAAAUGAGAAAGAAAGAAGUCCAGAUAGUAACAAAACUGCCACUGAAGGAAAUGACAGAAAAGACUCUUCUGGGCAAAUAGUAGAAUUUAAUGCAGAGGGACCAGACUUCUUUACUAAUCAGGAUGUAUUCUCUGAAACUUUUAUACCUCCUUGGCAGAACGAAGAGAAUAUUUCUGAUGGUGCCCGUGAAAGCUCAAUAGAAAACACUGGUGAAAAAUUCCGUUCGGACUGUAGUUUAGAUGGCUCAAGCCUAAGAAAUUUGGCUGCGGUGGCAAGCUCAGACUUCAAGUCGAGCCCUCCCUUUAAUUCUCGUGUUGGGGAAUCCAGGGGACUUCCUUUUGUGGCAUCGCUAAUUCCCAGAGAUAUCAAGAACUCUUCUGUAUCAGCAGCUGUUGCCACAAGCACUUCAAGUAUCUUCCAGUUUCACCUGACACAUCCUAAUCAUGUCCAGAGUGGUGUCACACAAGGUUUUUUUAGUGUUCAACAAGAAGGUGCUACCAAUGUUGUCCAGUUAAACUCAAAUAUGCUCCCUGGAACUGUACAAAAUGAAUCCUCACAGCGUCCUGGGCCAUCACGUAACCCAGAACCAUCUUAUGUAUGCAGCCAUUGCCAGAAAACAUUCAGUUCUAGAAAGAACUACACUAAGCACAUGUUUAUACAUUCAGGUAAGCGCUAUACAUUCUCAAGUUUUUUUCAAUUGUGCUAAACCUGUGUUACAAUUUUCACUUUUUUAUUUUUUGCUCCUGUAAUUUCUAAACAAAAUGAACACAAUUCACCUGUGAGCUUGUUUUAUGCACGUUAAACGUGCCUCUGCAAAAUCACCAGUCUUUCCAUAGGUUAUAUCCUGCAAGUUAAUGGUUACUUACCUCUAAGCAAGUGGAAGAGGUUCUCAUCACAGCUCUACUGCGCCUUCUGGAGAUUAUCAUUAUUGAUCUCCCAGCCAGUUUAUUGCUUCUCAUAGAGAAACACUGAGAAGCAGUGUGUGUGCAACAGUCACACUGCACAUCCUCCUCACAUGUUGGGUGUGAGGAAGAGCACCCACUUGGCUGUCUGACUGGUUUUAUAAAAAUGCCAAUUUCUUUACAACCUGCACUUUUCUAAAGUGAGACAGCAAGGACACUUAAUGCCUGUCACUUAAGCAAGCUGGAGUCAUUUAGAGUUUUUUAUUUCUUGAAAACUAGAUUCCUUUAAUCACUACGUUUGCACAUGUUUUUUUUUCACCAGUUUUAAGCACUCUUGUUAUUGCUUUUUUGAUAAAGCAGGUUUUAACUUCAAAUAGAUAUGGGUGACGCUUCACAAUAUCACUGAGUUGUACUCCAGUCAUGCACCGGGUGGUGCAUGUGGCUCCAUGAACAUGGAUGUGAAUAUCUGCUAGGAAUAUUGCUUGCACACCUCCUGUUUUAUGUGAAUGGCCACCUGGCCGUAGAAAACAUGUCCAAACUGUAUGAUUUUCUUUUAACAAACUUGCAUAUAUCAUUUUGGGUUUUGAAUAGCAAACUAUAUAUUCUCUAGUGUACAAACUGGUUGACACUUGUUGUGUAGGAAGUUCCAUACAAUUGGCAAUCUAAUUUGUUUUAAGAGCCAGGGAAGUAGUUCAUGUGUGGAUGGUUGUUUUAGGUACCAUGUCAAAAAAUAAAUUGAUUUCAUGGUGAAAUAUUUAGGAGCCACAAAUCUUUAUUUUUAUUUUUUAUUUUCCGUACACUUAUUUUAUAAAAGCAUUUUAAUGACUUGUUUGUUUAUUGCAAUGUUUCUGCAGGCAUUUUAGAAAGUCUGAUGUCUGUACUCACACAGCUAAAUGUACACAAUACUGCUGUACACAUAAUUACAGUAUGGAACCAAUGCCUGGCUGGCUAUCUUUGUCUGUGUGUGGUAUAAGGUUUCAUUUAAUUUUAGAACUUCUUAUUUGGAAAAUUGUUUAGAUUCCCAGUUAUAACACUGAAAUAGAAAGAACAGCAUGACUGCCAUAUAUAGACUGUUUGUGUGAGUUAUUAUUACUGCUCUUAAAUUGGUUUCCGAGGAGUUUAUUUCAGGGACGGUGUGUAAGAUGUUCUGUCGUAGUGUUAGUACCAGUGUAGUCAGGUUUCACCUGAGUGGGAAUUUUUACAGUGUGUUGUGGAAAUUUUAUGUAGUGCAAUCGUUUCCCGAAGUCAACAUUUCAAAAACUUACACUUAGGUUUUUGAGUCUUUUUUUUUUUUCUCUUUUGUAAUUGUAAAGUGUUAAUUCUGCACUGUUAGUGAUAGUGAACAUAUUACCUUUUUAGAAGCAGUAAAGGUACCAAGAUUAAAAAGAAACUUGAUAACUGUUUUAUUCAGAUUUACCACUACUGAAGAAACGAGCAUAUAUUAAUUUAUAUUUUUGUUACUUAAACUCACUGGACAACAUGGGAUGAAACCUCUAAUCUCUUGGAUACUGAUUAUGCUCUACUAGCAAGUUCUCAAUCUCCCAAUGAUUAAUUGUUGUUUGCUGGCUGAUGGUAUAACUCUUUUCAGUGACUGUUACCCUUAUAUGGGCACAGUACAAUGUUAAUUUUGAAGCACAUCUUAGGAGACCUGUCUUUCCUAUUUAUUUAUUUUGCUUUGUUUAUUAUUUCUGGCUGGAAACAUUCGGCAUAAAAUAUUCAUUUUGCAAACAAAUGCAUUAACUUUCUCAAAUGAAUAGUUAUAAGAAAGCAGUAGUCUUGUUGAAGGGCUACUAAACUGGUUCAUGGAUUACAGAAUAAAACUUUCGAGGAAAGGUUAAAGGAUCUUAACGUGUAUAGCUUGGAGGAAAGACAAGACGGUGGAUAUGAUAGAAACAUUAAAAUACAUAAAGGAGGAGACUGUAUUUUAAAAGAAGAAAUAAUACCACAACAAGUGAACAUAGUCAUAAAUCAGAGGGGCAAAGGUUUAAAAAUAAUUUCAGGAAGUAUUACUUUACUGAGAGGGUAAUGGAUGCAUGGAAAUAGCCUUCCAGCUGAUGUGGUAGAGGUUAACACAGUAAUGGAGUCUAAGCAUGCAUGGGAUAGGCAUAAGGCUAUCCUAGACUCAAGAUAAGGCCAAGGACUAAUGAAAGUAUUUAGAAAAUUGGGCAGACUAGAUGGGCCAAACGGUUCUUAUCUGCCAUCACAUUCUAUGUGUCUAUGUUUAAAAACGAAGAAGCAAAAAAUAAUUUACAGGAAAAUUGUUUUCCCCCUUGUUUUGGUUAUGGUGCCAGCAUGCCCCUGACACUUGCCGAAGGUUCUGUGUCAAAGUGUUUGAGUGGUUUGACACUCGAGCACUCUUGGCCCUGGACCCUCUCUUGGCAUAUUGCCAUUGUUACACAUCCGCUCUAACAGUAUCAAUUUUGUCCAGAUUUAAAUGACAUUGAUUGGCUUAGUGAAUUAUGUAUGGAUCGAAGUGAAAGUGUAACUGCCGUACUUGCAAGAUGCCGAGCAAGGGACUAAACAAUAGACACCCAGGCAGACCACUCAAACAUUGUUUGAUGCAGUAUCUUGGGAUGAAGUUAGAGGUUAACUGGCAUCAUUAGCACUAUAACCAGCUGUAUUUAAGAAUGCCUCUUUAAAGGAAAGUCUAAGCACUACAAUAUCUUCCUUCAAAGUUAAAAGCCAGUUGUGAGAAACGGCUGGUUAUAUUUUUGCAAUGCCAAAAUACCUGGUGGCUGUUAUUCAGAAAUUUCACUGCUUUUCAAAGAGAAACAUUAGGUUGGCAAAUAACUUGUAUGAGAAGUAUUUGAUUGGACAAGUCAUUAGCAUGAGCAGGCAGAUUCUGCUGCAUGGAGGAGUCUGUCUUUACUCUGGAUUAGAGUUAAGUUUAGUUAUGAUUUAAAAUGAUGAUAAAGGGCAUACUUAGAAAAACAAAACAUGAAAUGAAAUGAGGGUGUGGGACCAGCUUAACUGACAGAUCAAGACAGGAGGGAGAGGAAGAUCACCGAGGAGGGGGACAAGAGACGGGACACAAAACGCAAAAGCGAAUCGGUAAUCAUAGGUGGCUUGAGGCAGGCCCAACCACACACACCUGGGGUUAGAGGGUACACCCUUAAGGGACGCAAUGGGAAUGUAAAUAGCAACACGUGUAUGCAGUCCCUAUGUUGUGAUUAAAAUGUUCCUGCAACACCCUUUUUUCCUUCUGUACCCUGGCGAGCAGGUGCCACAAUUUGAAUUGAAACAACAUGGAAUACAAAUAAAACAAAAAAUGUUGGUGGGAGGAAAAAAGUGCAAGCAUAGAGAAUAAAGGAAUCUAGUUUUCAAGAAUAACAAACCUUUAAAGGAUUAUAGCUUCCUUAAAUGAUUUAGGAGUUAACAGUAUCCUUGCUUUUUCACUUUAGAAAAAAAGUGUAGGUUUCAAGUAAAUACAACCACAAGAUUUUUAACAACCAUAAAGCUAAAAUGUUGAAGCCAUUUGUGAAAAAACUAAGUACACCUAAUAAUUCAAUAGCGUGUAGAACCAUCUUUAGCAGCAAUAACUUGAAAUAAUCGUUUUCUGUAUGACUGUCAGUUUCUCAUAUAGUUGUGGAGUAAUUUUGGCCAACUCUUCUUUACCACGUUGCAUCAGUUUAAUGAGGUUUGCUGGCAUUUGUCUAUGCACAGCUAUAUUAAAUGGAUACUAUAGUGUUAGGAAUACAAAACUAAUGUGCAUGCGUGGCAAAACAUUGCGAACGCAUUAGACCAUCCCCAUAAUAAAGCAUUGCUGUAAUGACGAACACUAGAAGUCCUCAUGCAAAGCGUGAUGUCCAGCGUCAGGCGAACAAAAGUCUAACGACCAAGAAGUGCCUCUAUGGCUGUCUGACAGCCACUAGAGGCAGUCUUAACGCUGCAAUGUAAUUAUUGCAGUUUUGUCAGAAACUUUAAUAAUGACGAUUGUGGGGUUAAGAGGACAGGGUCGCUGCACCCAGAUCACUUCAAUAAGCUAAAGUGGUGUGGGUGCCUAUAGUGUUCCUUUAAGAUUUAUAGGUACCCUUUAAUAUUUCAGUCAGGUUGAAGUCUUGAUUUUUUUACUGAGCCAUUACAACACUUUUUUAAUUAUUUUCUAUUUCAGCCAUUCUGCUGUAGAAUUGACUCUAGAAUACUUUGGUAUACAGACGAGUUCAUGGUCACCCCACCACCACCACCAUGCUUGACAGUGUGUAUGAGGCGUUUGUUCUGAUAUUUUGUGUUUUUUGGCACUAUGUAUUAUGACCUCUACUUUGGUCUUGUCUGUCCAGAGGAUGUUCCAGAAGUCUUGUGGUUUGUUGAGAUGCAACUUUGCAAACCCAAGACAUGCUGCCAUGUUCUUUUUAAACUAGAGAGAAGAGGCAUUCUCCUGGCAACUCUUCCAAACAAACCACCCUUGUUCCGUCUUUUUUUUUUUUUUUAAAUUGUACACAUAUUGUGAUCUUUAACAAACAUGCUAACUGUGACAUGUAGAGUCAGAGAAAUGGAACUCUUUUGUUUUUUGCAAUGUUUCUGAGCAUUGCACAGUCUGACCUUGGGGUGAAUUUCCCUGGAUGUCCACUCCUGGGAAGACUGGCAACUGUCUUGAAUGUUUUCCACUUUUGAAUAAUGUUUCUCACUCUAGAAUGAUAGACUUUAAAUUGUUUGCAAAUGGCCUUAUAUAUAACCCUUUCGAGUUUGAUGAGCAGCAAUUAUUGCUUCUCUAAGAUCAUUGUUGAUUUACUACCUCAUUGGCAUUGUGUGAACACACACCUGAAUGCUCAAGACCAGUAAACUGCUAAAACAGCUUUUAUAGAGGUGGUCACACUUGCUGAUGAUCAAUUCAUUAAGGGCAUUUGAUUAACGGCAUCUAUCUUCUACUUAGCAUCUUAAUUCCUAUAGAAGCAGUAGGGAUGUACUUGGUUUUUCACACAUGGUAUCUCCAGUUUGACUUUAUUUUUGUUAAAUCAUGAAACUGUGUAAUAGGUCAUGUGCAGUUGUUCAUCUGAGGUUGUAUUUACCUAAUUUUAAGACCUGCUAUGGAACAGAUGAUUGUUUUUAUGACCUGAAAUGUAAAACCAUGGAAUUCAAAGAGGCUAUACUUUUUUUUUCUUUUUCUUUUUCAUUACUGUAUAUAUAUCAGAGGCGUAACUACAAACCAUGGGGCCCUGGUGCGACAAUUGCAUUGCCCCCCCCCCCUCCCCCCAUAGGUCCGCCCCCUCCCCACACGCGCAUGCAGGCGCACACACACAUACAGAGAAACAUACAUACACAAACACAUAGAGAAACAUACAUACACACAUACACUAACACACACACAUGCAAAAUGUUUGUCACCCACCUGUUUCCUACUUUUUAGGUGCAGGAGGGUGACUUUCCUUGGGGUCCAGUGGUGGCUCAGGUUGUUGGAAGUCAGACUCCCACUCUUUCCUCCUGUGCGGCUCUCUGAUAGCUGAGGGUCCGAUCGCGCUGUUAAAGCGCCGCAGCGCUGACCGGAACCCCCUGGAUAUUCAUUGCCAUUGGGUGGCCCUAACAGCAUGGGCCACCUGAUGAACCCCUUCAAUGCUGCCCCGGUGGUUACACCGCGCGGGCCGGGGCCACAAAACAUGGUGGCGAGCACUCGGCUGCAGGGGUCCGCAGGGCGGCCGGGCCCCCUGGAGUGAGUGCCCCGGUCGCACCUGCGACCGCGGUAGUUCCGCCAGUGUAUAAUAUAAAACAGAGUUUAAAAUGUGAAGUCCUAUGCUACUAGCCAGAUCUCAAAAAAAGUUGCUCACUACUGCAGUGUGUGUGUAUCAAUUUAAAAUUUUAAAAUAAUAAAAUUGCACAACCUUUGUUUAUAUGUGCACAUUGCAGUUUUGCGACUGCUAGUGGCUGUUCAUCUUUCUGUGAAAUGUUUGUUGCAUCAAUAAGAUAAGUAUAUAUACUUUCUUAUCAGAGUAAGCAAGAUAAACGUUCAGUAUUCAGAAGACAAAGAACACAACUGUAAAAAAUGCAGACUUUUGUUUAAAGUGAAAACAGUUCUCUGUUCCCUUCAUGGUUGUGUUUAAUUAUAAACAGAGUAAUCCAAUUAUAAGGGUGCAGCUUUCAGAUUUACAUUGUUGUGUUUAAAUGUAAGUGGACAAAAAAAUUCUAUAUUUGUAUUAGGUCAGUUUUUUUUUUUUUUUUUAUAUAAAUCCCAAGGUAUUUUUCUUAAUUAACUCCCCAUGUGAUUUUGGGUAAACCAGGUAUAUUUGUCAGGCCCCAGUCAGCAAUUUAUAAUACAGGGCUUGACAAAUACCAGGUUGUCAUGGCGAGUAGGAAUUUUGUCCUGGUGCCUGGGAUGUCUCGACCCGACUCAGCGAUGGAGAAGGCAAGUGUAGAGGGAGAACAGAGGCGUGCCUGUGGCGGAAUGUGUGGAAUGGAGCCGGGUGGCGAGGCCCGGCAUACUAAACAGUUUAUGAUAGGGAGAUGAUAGCAGCCCCACUGGACCCCAUGGUGUGCGAGUGAGUAUAUGUGUCUGUUUAGGUGACCGGUCCCUCUCUGAUUGCAUGGGAAAGGUGAUUUUACUCACAUUUCUUCCCACGCCGUGGCUGGACCCGCCUCCUUGGCUGAGAUGAUCAAUCUUGAUCAUUUUGAUAAAGCAUUGGGAGGCUCUUGCGCACUAAUCUGCAUCUCGUGGAGAGGCUGAACAUAGUGACUUCACUACAUGUGUUACCGGCAGCUAUGUAAACAGUCUUUUCUUUUUGAAAACCGGCUAUAGAUACCAGAACCACUACAUUAAACUGCAGCUAUAGUACUGACUAUAGUGUUGCUGAAAAUUAAGCUUUGUUAGUAAAAAAAUAAAAAUACUGGCUCCUAGAUUCCAAGCAAAUUUGUCAAGCUCUGUCUUAAUGAAUAAUUUAUUGUAAUGGCAUUGUCUUAUGAAGAUAAAAUAUUAAGUGUCCAUAAAGCCAUCUUAAAAUCGACUGCACUCGCUUAAUCCAGGAACUCCCCAAAUCCACAAAGUGUUAUAAAAUAAAAAGUGGCAUACAAGAAUCGCGCAUCCUAGCUUAAAAAAUGCAUGUGUAUAAAUGUCAAAUUUAAUUAUCUCCUAAAUGAAUCUACUUAUUGUAGCAUUGUUGCCAUGGAGUGUUUUUAAAUUGGAAAAUAUGGAGUUAUUUACUAAAAACGGAUUCUUUCUAAAAAUAACCGAAUUACAACAACAUUGGCAGUUCUCGUGUUUAGUAAAUAUGGUUGAAAUUUUGUCAGCACGAAGGAACCUGCAGCAAUCUCCCGGAUACAAUCUGUAUCCAAAUUAAAAUGUUCUUUCACAUCUGAAUCCUAAAAAAAGUAUAGGAUUCAGAAGAAUGACAAAGCACAGGUUUAACUAAAAUUUAGAUCCAAUGCAUCCAGAGGAUGUAAAUUACUAUUUACUGGCCUAGGGGGAGGAUAUUGUCCUCCCCCUUGAUCCUCACCCAUUGACUUAAUCUGGGGGCCCUAAUAAUAUUCAGAGUGUAAGAGCUAAUGUCCUACCCCGGCCCCCAUUCAUUGGCGGCAGCUGUGGGCUGUAAUAAUAAUAUUCAUGGGGGUGUACAUGCCAUUGUCAACUCCUCCUUCCUAGAUCAAUUUCUUUUACUUUUAACACUAACCUAUUGUAUGAAACCGUAUCCAAUGUCUUGGCAAAAUCCAUGUAGAUAUCAACUGCAACACCCUGAUCUAUACUUUUAUGAACUUCCACGUAGAAUGCAAUAAGGUUAGUUUGAUACGACCUAUGUUUUAUAAACCAUGCUAAUUAUUGCUAAUAACAAUGUUCUUCCCAAUGAAUUCACUAAAAAUCAUUCAAAUACUUUUCCAGCCGCAGCAGUUAAAUUCACAGGUCUAUAAUCUGCAGACAGAGAUUUUGAAUGCUUUUUGAAUAUAGGAACCACUUCUGCCUUCCUCUAAUCAGGAGGGUGGGGUAAACUAGUGAAUAAUGUCCAAUAGGCCAUUAUAUUUUAAAUUAAUUAACAAAUUUAGAUAGGGCAGGAAUAACCUUUUCAUAUUUUACAGCUCAGAUUCGGUCUCUUUACUUGAACAAUGUAAAGAUUACUGUUUUCUAAAAAGUACCUCUUCUGACAACUGCUAGAGGCACUUACCCAUUAAGAUCUUGAAUUUCAGAGAUCUUCAAUUUGUCACGAUUAUGCAUAGCAUAAAAUUAAAAACAAUAAAAGGGGACUGCGCACACACCCAGCUAAAGGUGCAAGUGAGGGACAGGCUGUGAACAUUUAUUUAAUCACCUUUUUAUUUAUUUUCUAAUUUUAUGUAUGUGAUAAGUGUAAAAGUGACAAUACAGUUGGGUGAUUUUCAAAGCGCACUGAGUUAUAUUAUUUUAGCAUCAAUUAACCCUUAAAAUCUUUUAAUUGUUUAAUUAUACACUGCAUGAUCACUCAGAAUAAGACUAAUAGUGGUAGUACAAGAUUUUGAGCUUGCUGAGAAAGUUAAAAAUCUGUUAUUAUAGUGUCAUUUAUAUACUUAAUUUUAUCAUGAAUAAUGACUUGAGAAUGUGGUUCUCCAUAAAGCCUAAGCAGUCCCCAGUAUGAACUGUCCUUGAAAAGCUUCAUGUUGGAGAGAGAGAGGAACCUGCUUGUGAAUCUCUAUCUCCUUUCUAUAAUUGUUUAAUUUGUUGUGUGGGCAGUUUACUGAAGCCUUUCUUUCACAGUACUGUCAAAGGCUGGUGGCUGAUGGUAGAUAUCUAAAUACUCUGUAAAUUUUGGUGCUCUGUUCUGCCAAUUAACCCAGUCAGUGCUGUAGAGUCAUGCAGCUGCUCUGUUCAUUUUAUGAGUCACCAUCUGGCAGCAGAGUUGCGGGGAAAAGCAGCAAUUGAAAGGAGAAAAAGUAAAAGGUCUAAGCUAAAAAAACAAAAAACAUGCUACUGUCAAUCUACUCUGGAACAGAAUAUACAUAGUUAAAGGGUUACUCCAGGCAUCAUGAACACUUCAUUGGUUUGAAGUCGCAAUGGUGCCUGGAGUCUGUAUAUACAGAGUUUAGAAACAGAACAUAAAGUACAGGUUGUGCCAAUAUAUCAAAUAUAAAAUACUACUAGCUCCUAAAUGUACAAAUGAGAAAGGUGCUAUAAAGAAGAAGCCACAUAUAAAACAUUAAUAAAAAGGACAAUGGAAUGCCGAGGGUAUGAAACAGUCCUAAAAAAACAGUACUUUUUGUAUGAAGUCCUUGAAACCGUUCCAAUCAAUAUCAGCGUAUAUAAGAAAACAGAAGACAGAAGGAACCAAUAGUGCAAUAUGGCAAAUAAAGUGGGCUACAGACAACACUGAGAUAUAUAAAAAUGCCAACUCACAUCUCAUAGAGCUAUGAUCAACUCCAGGUAAAACAGCAUGUAGUGGUAUAAAAUCCCCACUUGUAGGAUAUCCCUCUGAUGGUAGUUUCACAGCUGGGUAGUGGUGGUAUGGGUCAUAUGAAAAUAAAAUAAAAAGCCAAUAGUGCUCUACAUACAGGUAAGUAUAAAUAGAAAAAAAAGGAAACAUGCUUACAAUAAAAAGAGCAGACUAACUGCUUUAUGUGCCACGCAAGGGGGAAUAAUUUCCACCGAGGAUUCUUUGGAUGUUGGUAAUGCUGGUGCUUCAGACGAUAAAAUCAGUGCCAGGUAAAAAGUAACAAAGGCAAAAUAAUAAGUAUUUAGGCUAACUAAAAACAGUAAAGUAGCCAAAUAAUACUUUUAUUAAACAGUAAGUAGUAAAACCACAACUUUAUCAAGUGGAAUUUCUCAUGUGAGGAGGUUUAAAUCUCUGCUAAGACCAGGGAGACAGAAAUGUCCCGAUAACUGGGGCCAUACAGAUGAGCUAUUUGCAUUUUUCAAAAUGAACGCUUCCUUCAGCCCUAUAAAUCUAUUGAACACACCUUAGCUGAACAGUUUGCACAGCGGUUAUUCUCUAGCUGUCAACUGCUGAAGGGAGACCCACAGGGUCUCUGUGUGCCCUCCUGCCGAUUGUAACAGGUACCCCGCUCAUAGUGUGAUUGGUAGGGAAAGCAUGCUGGAGAUUCACCAUUACAGGGGGGGUCAUGCUGAAAACCCAGUAGAUGGUAAUCGCAGACUGCUCUCGGCUAUUUUAGCUAGGAAAUCUAUUUCCUGAUACAAGUGCUGAUAUCAAAAGGAAUUACUUCGGGUAGGGUAACGUUAGGGUUAAAGGACCACGCCACACCCCAAAAGCACUUAAGCUUGCUAAAGUGCUUUAUGAGUGAGGAGUAUCCUUGUUUAACCCCAGUUUAUAAAAGUGCUGUAUAAUAUGAGAAAUCAGCACUUCUAUAAAUUAACUAGGGAACACCACCCCUGGCUGUCAACCGAACAUUCAGGGAGGAUUCCUUUCUACUUCCGUUGGCUCCCCAGAGAUAACAGAAGUGACAGGCACACUCUACUUGAGCAUGCCUGCCUCUCCCUCCCUAACCGACCUCAGACCAGCUGGUCAGCUUCAUCUGUGCACACGCAACCAAUCUUGGUACACGUGUACACGAGCUGGCGCGCGUGUGCACAUGGGGGGCAAGUCAUUGGUCAUUUCCCUUUGAAGAGACUGAAGGUCUCUUCCGGGGAAAAAAAGGGUGUGGGGGAGCUUACAAAAGCUGCAGUCAUAAGAACUGCAGCUUUUGUAAGCUAUUUUAACCUAUACUCCCAAUUAAUGUAUUAUUUUGGGUAUAUCUACUAAACUGUGGGGGGGGGAGGGGAAAAUGGAGUGGGUCCUUUAGUGCUGUGUAAGGUAAAGAGUAUGAGUAAGGUGAGUGAGUGUAAGCAUAGGAAUAUGGUUAGUAUAGCCUUUGCAGGAAUUUUUAAUAGAGCCUAAACAUAUAAGGCAUUUAAAGGGACAGUAUAGUCACUAGAAUCACUACAACUUAAUGUCGUUGUUCUGCUCUCUAUAGCAUAGCCCUGCAGGCCUUUACAUGUAAAUGCAGCCUUUUCAGAGAAAAGGCAAUGUUUACAUUGCUGCCUAGAAACACCUCUAGUGGCAGUCACUCGGACAGCCACUGGAGGUGCUUCCUAUUUCAGUGUCUUCCUACAUUCAGCGCAUCUCUAUAGGGAAAUGCUGAACAUCAAAAUUGAUAAUGUCCGCCGUGGAGGCAGGGCCUGCCACAGCGAGAUUGUCAAUGUAUUGGAGAAAGUUUAAAACCUAUUAAUUCUACUCUGAGGGGGCUUGGACCUAAAUAGUUAGUCCAACACUACAGUGUCUGGAAUACAUGUUUGUGUUCUUAAAACUUUAGUGUUCCUUUAACAAUCUGGACUGAAACGUGAGUCUAUUUUCCUUAAUUGCUUUUAUUGUGUAAAAAGCAUUUUUAACAUUUUAUUCACUUAUAACUUUGUGUUAGGUAUAUUUAUAGGAUAUAAAAAUAAAAACCCUUUCUGUCCUUGAAAAAAACCAUUUAUAAUAACGAGGGUUUGUUUUGGUUCAGAGCUUGGGCAAUUGCCUCAGUCCAUGAGGUUAAAUGUGUGCUUCUAAUCUCUGGCAAUGUAAAUAUUUACACUAUUUUCCAUUCUGUUGUUGAAGUUUGCUUGCUAAAAGGAAACUGUUAUUUAUAUUUUACUGGUUUGUUUCCUUUACCCAAAAUGCAUUUUAUGUUUGACUUUUUGUCUACUUUCACACAUCUCCAUACGUUUCAUGACUUUUAAAUUUACAUUUAAGGGAUUACUCCAAACACCGUGACCAAUUCAGUCAUUUGAAGUAGUUAUGGUUGCCGGAAAGAAUGUGUGUGUGUGUCUAGUUUCAGUAUGAAAAGCUGAACAUACAAAGUUUAGCUAAUCUACUGCCAGUGGUGUAACUUCACCUCAGGCAGCAGCAUUGUGGCAUUAUUCUUGGUGGCUAGUGUUCUGUGAACAUUAUUGAACCUACAUCCUCAACACACAACAUGCUGGCGACAGGCAUCCAAUGAUGGCACGGCCUCUCACACCUUCAUUCCAUCAACGUCCUUCGGUUCAACACUGUUUUAUGGUGGGAUUUACUAAUUUAAUUGCAAACCAUCAAUUGUGCAAGCAUACAGUACUGUCUAUUAAAAUCUUUGCCAUUGUUUAUUUUUCCACUGUAAAAAUACCCUUUAACAUUACUCUGUCCUCUUCUUGCAGGUGAGAAGCCCCACCAGUGUAGCAUUUGUUGGCGGUCCUUUUCUUUACGAGAUUACCUACUCAAGCACAUGGUCACUCACACAGGCGUCCGUGCUUUCCAGUGCUCAAUCUGCUGCAAGAGAUUUACCCAGAAGAGCUCCUUGAAUGUCCAUAUGCGCACCCACAGGCCUGAGCGCUUCCAGUGCUGCUUCUGUAAUAAGUACUUUUCACAUCGCACACUUCUGGAAAGGCAUAUUGCUACUCAUACGGCAUGAGCUACAAUGUUUCAGCCUAAGCAGUAACAGUAAAUAACAUUGAGAGGUUUGCCCUAUUCUUGCUAAACUGGCAUGUUUUCAAGGGAGCAAUGAAAAGUACGAUUGAAAGUGGGCUGCCCGUAUCGCCCUAUUACUCCAGUGUCUUAUGACUUUAAAGUGCAGUAGUAUUGAGUCUUCUAAAUACUUCAUAUCUCCAUUUUUUUUCUUACAGUGUACGCACUUACACAGCAUGUUAAGAUUUCUAUAAGUAGUCUACUGCAAUUAGGAAAAGUGGACUUUCAUCUUUGUAAUAUAUGAGAACAUUGCCUGAUCAUUUUGUGUGAUCUGCUCUGGUUCAUUUCUAACUCAGCAUUUCAUACAAUAAGACUUUGCUAAUCCAAACGUUGAAUCAUUGUUUAUAGUAUGAGACACUUGCUUACAGAAGACUGUAGCAGUUUUUGUAUGCAGAGUAAGAACUGGGAUCCAGCUUUAAAUUCAACAAGGCCGGGGGAAUCUGCAUUCCACUGAAAACAUAUCUUCUAAGCUUUGCUUAGCAGUCUGACUUAACUGCAUCUUUUGCUUGAAGGCCACAAUUGAAAUGUGGUACAUUCUGCAGAGGAGUUUUACUGGAGGACACAAAAGAAGCGUACAUCCAUGGUGUAAUAGACCAGUUAUGUGACUCUGUGACACAUUCACCUACUGGUUAGUUGUUGAGCGACUUUGAAGAAGGUUUAUAAGGCUGUAGUGUUUAUGGUUGGCAUUGGCCGUCCAAAUAAUGCUCUCUGUUAGGAACAUACUACCAACAACUAACCUUUACCUUUAUUCUUUCAAGAAUGAUAUAGUGGGCAUACUCUAUAUUAAAGAUAAUAUAAAAGUCAGUUAAUGAUUGACUGAUCAUGGUCAGUAUUUACCAGAUGGUUCUGUCUAAAGCUAAAAUAAAUUCUGCUCAAUACUACAUUUUAAACUUUAAAAUAAUACUUCCCUCCCUAAAUACCAAAGAAUUUGCCGAAAGUAAUUUGAUUUCUUUUCGAACUGAAACAAUGUCCAGAUGGUGCCUAAAUAAUUUUGAUAGCAAAUAUGUUGCACACCAUUUGAGCGUGUAGGAGAAAUAUCCCAUCAAAUCAUCCCCUAAAACCAAAGAUGACCUUGGUGCAACAGUAUAACAUGUAGUGUUAAUUAAACUGCUGAAAUUAGCUUGUGACAUUGGCCAGAGGUACUGGCCAGUAUAAAUAAUAAAACAAAUAUCAUCACUGACAUCUGCACAUUACUAUGCUGAUCUGUACAUGAAAUUGUACCAUCAAUGAUGCAACAGAAAAUCUUAUCAACUUCGGCCACAGAGUCGACACCAGAUUUGCACAAGUGUUGGACCUCAUUUAUAAAAUGGUAUUUCACUAUGGCCUAAUUUAUAAAGUGGUAUUUCACUAUGGCAUGGUGGCUGGCCUGCUUGAUUGGUGAGAAUCUUUGCUAGCCUCUGGAAGGCUCUGAUUUGUCAGCUGGCACAAAUAUUUCAUAUAGUAGCUGAUACUAUUUGGAAAAUGAUACCAGUAAAUAACUUUUUGUAAUAUUGUGUAAUUAAUAUUACAACUUAAUUAUUGACCUGUGUAAAUAAUGUUAUUUAACCACAGUCUAAAAAAUGUGUUUGUAUUUAUGAAUGUGUGUGUGUGGUUUGCUGGCAACAAUUAAUCUAUACAAUGGCACUACUUAUAUACUGUUUGUCUAUAAUCGUAUCACAUGCUUUUUAAAACUUUUACAGUUGAAUGUAUUUAUACUGAUAAGUUGAAAAUUAGAUUUUAUUAUUAGAGCAUCUUAUUUUUAUUUAAUAUUUUUUUUUUCCUUUUAUGUGAAUCUUUUUUUUUUUCUCUUUCUAUAUCCACACAAAUAUCCUUGUAGCACUCACUCAUUUGAUUUAUUAAGUUGUAUUCUUUCAAGUGGUGCAUCUGCCCAUCUAUGUGGAAAUACUAAAAUACAAUUUGCUCCUUUUGGGGAUAUAUAUAUAUAUAUAAUUUUUUUUUAUUCUGCAGCAAUGUCCUUUGUAAAGGUGGCACCCAGCGAGAGGGGCAAGUCGGUGUACUUAAAUUAAUCUCUUACUCCAUGCCUUGUUGUUUUCUUUUUUUGUCUAGGUCUACAGCUCCUGGUGGCUUUAUCUGCUGCGGGUCACGUGACUAUUUUACUUUCGUGUAAGAGCACAAGACCUGGGUCUGUGGAAGAUCUAUCUAAAUCACUGUCUCUUCCAUAGACAAACUGAUGCAUUUGCAGUGAGAUGCUGUACGGAUUUAUUGUAUAUCACGUGAGAAAAUACCUAUUUCUAAUAGCAAUAUCUAAUAGGAAAUGGCAAAAUGUCGAUCUGCCGUGAUUACGUCAGAAUUUCAGUAAAAUUCUGGCUUUUUUUCUUCUCUCAUAAAGAUCCUACCUUAAUGAAAAAUUCAAAAGUGAACGUGCUAUUUUAAAUAUCUGCAGUGGAAGAAAAAAACACUUAAGGCUUGCUAAUUGAGCUUUGAUAGCUCUGUAUAGACAACAUUUUUUAUUGGUACUAAUUGCUUGUCAGAUAAGUAACGCCAGAAUUUUUAACGAGACACUAUUGCUCUUUACAUGUCCUGAUGAAUGCAUAUUCAGCCUAUUGCACUAAAUUGCAUUCCUGUACAGUAAGUUUGAGAGGAGCAGUAUCGGAGAUUAGUAAUUAGUUACAGCAAGGCAUGUUUGAAACUAGCUUGCUUGUACAAAAAGUACAUACGUUUUUUUGAAGGGUUGGCAGCAAAAUUCAUAAAUAUUCAUAUUGUAUACUACAGUAUCAUAGCAGUCAACCGUGGAAGCAGGUCUUCUCAGAAAGGUGUGUGUUUAGUGUGCAGGUGCACUGACUGUUAGACAGGUAAUAUCUCUGCGCAGAGUGCUCUACAAAGCUUGUAUACAAGUUUCUUUCUAUCACUACCACAAUAGCACAUUUCAAUGAUUUUCAUCACUGAAAAAGCGUAAACUGAACACCUAGGAAUAAUUUGGGCAAGCAAAGUCCUAUGUUAUUUAAAAAAAUAAAUCUGCAAUAGGAGUACCUCCACGUGUCUCUUUAUUGAAGCAGUUUUGGUGUAUAAAUCAUGUCAAGUAGUCUCACUGCUCAAUUCUCUGCCAUUUUAGUGGUAAAUCAAUUUAUUUAUACAGCUCUAGGCACACCUCCUGUAAAGCGAGAUCUAAUGAAUAAACUUCCUUUAUUACACUGUUAAAUUUAGAAUUUAUCUCCUGCUCUGUUAAUAGCCUUCUAGACCCUGCAGGAGCCUGCCGUGUGUGUGUGUUUUUAGACAUCAGUUUACAGAGCAGAAGAUAAAAACUUCUAAAGAAUCUAUACACUAAAACCGUUUCAUUAAGCUAAAGUUGUUUUGGUGACUAUAGUAUGUCAUUCACAUUGCUUCCUGUCUUUUCCACAAUUACCACACUUGCUUUUCCCGGCUAUCUUUUUUCCCUAACCCUUUAAAGAAAUUUUUUUAUUUUUUAUUUAUUUUUUUACAUGUUUUGAAAAAAAUGCUAUCAGACCGUAUAGGAGCAGGGUGUAUUUUGACUGUAAAUUUGCAAGUAAAUGAGGUGAUUUUCAUAAUCCCAUUAUUUAUUUUAAAAAAAUGAAGUAAAUGUAAAAAUUAACAGUAAUUGUCACCUGAAGGAUCAGAAAGUACACCAGUAUUCCAGAAGCUUAUCAAAUAUUCAGAGAGAUUAGCGCACAAUUUACAAAAAGUCUGAAUUUAAUAGUUUAACUCUGUUUAAUCUAUUGUGCGUGUAAUGUAAUUUUUUUCUUCCGCUUUUUAUUUGGUGUUCAAAGUCUUGAUCAUAUUGCACAAUAUAAUUCUGUAAUAGCUAUUACUAACAGAUUUUUCUUUAUUAUUUUUUUUUUUUAAUAAACGUAAUUUUUCUUUUAUUAGACUGAAACUGUGGACCCCAAAUCCCUUCAUUCCUGCCACCAUCCAUAUUUACUCAAAAUAUAACUCCUGAAAUUAUGUAGCAGUUUCUUUGCAUAAUGUUAGUUAUGUGUGUUUGCAUGUAAAAUAGCUAUUUAAAAAGUUGGAAGAGCAAAAACAAAAUAAGCAUUAAUUCUUUUUCUACUUUUUCAGUAGACUCUAGAAGCAGAAUGUCAGUUUUUGUUUAUGCCAUCACCACUACUGAAUUGUUAUUGUAAAGGAUGUAGUGGGCAUAAUGUAUUAAGUGUUGAAGUUGGAUAAAAAAAAAAAUCCUAUUUUUUUUUUUUCAGCUGUGGACUCCAUUAAAAAAUAAAAUAAAAGCAAUUUAUUUUUCCAGCAGGUUGCUUUAAGGAUUUAUCCCAUGUUCUAAUGAGCUCUGGCAAAAAGUGUAGUAUAUGAAAUAGUUGGAAGGGAGAGUUUAGGCACCAUAACUUUAGCUAAAUGUUAUGGUGCCAGGAGGCCCCCAGGGGCUUUCUUACCUUAAGGGUUUAAACUGUUUUCGAACGGUUUAACCCCAAAGUAUCUUCCAGCAGCGAUCUCUGCUCCCCUCCGGUGGCAUCCAGCUUCAUAAAAGUGAAAUUUCAGAAGCCGGAUGCUGCCUGGGGGGGGAGCUGAGAUAGUCGCUGGAGGCAACUUUGGGAUUAAAUCACUCAAUGAUAUAACCACUUGAGGUAAGAGGGCCCCAGGGUCCACCUGACACCAUAACAACUGCAUUUAGAUAAAUAUAUUUUGGUGCCUGGAAUGUUGUUUUAAAGCCAAUAUAAAACCUUUUUUUAUAACAGUGUCUCCUAAAUUAGUAAAAAAAAUCAUUUUUUUCUUUGUUGUAGACUAUUAAGAUGUUGUGUAAAUAAGGUGACAAGUUUACAUUAUGUACAUUUUUUUCCUAGAAUAUCACAAUUUGAAUUUACAGUAUGUAAAUUUUCUUUCAGCUCACUAGUGGGUGUAACUCAAGUGUUGACCUCCGCCAUUAAUAAAGUUAAAAAGCAGCAGAAGCCAAUUAUUCUAAAGUUAGGCAAAGUGGGGAAAAAACGUGCUUAAUGUGAAUAUUUGUAUGAUUUCAAAAUGAAGUGAUAGGAGAUUAUACAUAGAUAAAAUUGCAUACAUCCAUAGUACACAGGAUAAUAAUCUUUAAAAACUAAAUGAAAGCCCUUCACAGAUGAAUAGUUUAGCUUUUCUUCCAUGAAUAACAUUAUAACAAAGUACCUUGAUGUGAAGGGCCUUAAUGUUUUACACCAGAUUCAUCAGAUAAAUUGCAAAGUCUGUUCCAAGCAGAGUUAAACGUUAUAAGUUUAAUCUUCUGUGAAAAUAGAUUGUCUGAGAGUUCUUAAUUUUUGUAGGAUUGGAAACUUUUUAAUAAAAUGUAAUGCUUUAUGUAGAUUUUAAAUAAUUUCUACAUAAUACAUUCAUAGCUUGAAAACUAGACACAUUGGAAAAACUAAUCCACCUUAUAUAGGCAGAAUUAGAUCACUUCUAUUAUGUAAAAAAAUUUAGAAUUUUUUGUUUCCACUAGCUCUAAUGGGGUUAGGAGUUAUGUUUAUAUAAGCCAGAACAGAACAAAGCCAAAAAUGUAUCUUAUACAUUAAAACCCUAAUAGUUGUUUCAUGAGCCAUAAAGUUAUUUGUCUGUAGACCUUAAAUUACACAAAAUGUAAGGCAGCAGCUGUUUAAAUUAUGGGAGCCAUGGCUAAUGUAUGGUAAUAAACUAGCACUGUAUCCGUCGUAAGUAGGCGCAGAUACACAAAUUAAUCUUUAGGUUAUGUCAGCAGAUUUGUUAGCAAAAAUAUAGAUCAAUAAUUACUAACCUUUGGCAUUCCAUUGGCUGUGGACUCAAAUUCCCACGAUACUCGGCCAAAAAAGUGAUUUCCUGAAAAUCAUCAGUGUAGUCUACACUAGGCGGCUAUACCAAAGGUUACCUACCACCACUAUAGAUCAAGGGAUUUUUUGCUUGAACCAUUACUUCAUAUUUAAGGAGUCCAACAGUAUUCACUGUGAUAAUGUCACGUUGAGGACUGAGUCAGCUCAUUUCCUCUAACACUAUACAUUUGCUUACAAUUCUGUAUAUGUAUGCUCUAAAUUCGCACUAUUCCAAAGUCCUAGUAUGGAUUUUACCUGGCUGUAAUAGGCUUGCAUCAAAGGGCGUGCAUGCUAGGUAGGACUCGAUUUUUAUUUUUUGUUCAGUGUGUUUUCUUAUUCUUUAUGUUCACAAAAUAUCAAUGUAACCAGUUGUCUAAUAAACAUAUUUGUUUUUCUAAGGAAUUUUAUUAUCUUUGUGUUAUUUUAUUGCAGAUUACUCUUAUAAAGAAAACUAUGAAUGCCCUUUUAAUGUGUGGUAGGGUGUCGCUUCCUAGAUAAGUGUUACUGGUAUGUUCUAGCUAAACGUCUUG